CGGCAAGAAACAACAGAGUACCGACAAAAAAUGGCGGUUUCCUCAACCAAAACGCCAUUGUUGUUGUUGUCUCUCUUCUUCUUUGUCGUGGCUGCAUCUGCCGGAAACUUCUACGAGAGCUUUGAUAUCACUUGGGGAGAUGGUCGUGCCAAAAUACUCGAGGACGGUCAGCUUCUCACUUGCACUCUUGACAAGAUCUCCGGCUCAGGUUUUCAAUCCAAGAAGGAGUAUUUGUACGGUAAGAUCGACAUGAAGCUCAAGCUUGUCGCUGGAAACUCCGCUGGUACCGUAACCGCUUACUACCUUUCAUCUAAAGGCGCGACAUGGGAUGAGAUUGACUUCGAGUUCUUGGGUAAUCUCACAGGACAGCCUUACACUAUCCACACCAAUGUCUUUACCGGAGGUAAAGGUAACCGUGAGAUGCAGUUCCAUCUCUGGUUCGAUCCCACCGCAGAUUUCCACACCUACACCGUCCACUGGAACCCUGUUAACAUCAUCUUCCUUGUGGAUGGGAUCCCAAUUAGGGUGUUCAAGAACAACGAGAAAAGUGGAGUGGGUUACCCUACGAGCCAACCGAUGAAAAUAUACUCAAGCCUUUGGGAAGCCGAUGACUGGGCAACGCAAGGCGGUCGCGUGAAGAUUGACUGGAGCAACGCACCAUUCAGCGCCUCCUACAGGAGCUUCAACGACCAAAGCGCAUGUAGCAGAACUUCGAACGCAACAUGGGUGGCUUGUGACGCAAACAAAGACUCGUGGAUGUGGACCUCCCUCAAUAACCAUCUGUACGGACAGAUGAAGUGGGUGCAAGACGAAUUUAUGAUCUACAACUAUUGUACCGAUUAUAAGAGGUUCCCUCAGGGUCUCGCCAAGGAAUGUAACCUUUAAACCAACUUGGUGGAUUCUACUUUGAGAAUUUUCGAGCAUUUUCUUCAAUACGUUUAUUUAUUUCCCUUUUCGUUUUACUUCAUACUUGUGAUGAUACUUUGAUUUAUUCUUUUGGUGUUUCUGGGAUACGAUAGUACAGGUAUAUGCAA